CUUCUCUUGAAUUAUGCAUUCUAUAAUGUUAGAAGUAUAGUUAAAUACACUGGUGGAGGACGGUUUUUAACAGAAUUCGGUCUGUGUCUUCCUGAUGGCAAUCCAGAUUCAAUAAAUACGGUUGAAUGUAACGCUGUGAUGAAUGCAGCCGACAGGAACUUCGAAUCCUGGACUUAUUGGGACGAAUAUGAAUUAUUUCCCGACUUAAAUAUAAGUAACAUUUUCUUGAAAUCAUUCAGUCGUACAUAUCCACAAUCAACUGCCGGUCAACCUGUCGAACUGAGAUUCGAUGUCGAUUCAGGUGUGUUUUAUUAUGCUUUUGUACCCACACAGAAGUAUUGUACAAACGUGGACGCAGCAUUGUUAGUUGCAGAGAUUUUUGUUCCAAUGUCGAUUCAUUAUCCAUAUGGAGUGAGAACUCGUUUUGUACCAGAACAAUUAUAUUAUAAAAUGUAUGAAAAUAAUACUAAUUUAAUGUUUGUCUAUGCCCCAUGUACGUUGAUCAACACAAAUAUUGAACUUAUGGAAAUAACGAUCAUACCAAACCAAACACAAGAUAAGCAUUCAGACAACAAUUAUAGUCAUUUACCGAUUUAUUCGAAAUCUGUAUCAACAUUGUUAAUUGUGAACUCCUUGAUAUUUUCACAUCUUUCAACAUAUUUUGUCUAAACUAAAGAAAUUUUACUUCAUAUAAUGUAUCAAAUUUACUUUCAUUUUCAC